UCGCAAGAGAAAUAAUUUUUUCAAUGUUCUUUGUCAUGUCGAAUUUUUAAUCAUGAUCGCUUUUUUACUUUUAGUUUAUUCGUUAAUUCGUGGACUUUUAGUUUUUUCAUUUUCUAUUGACAUUGUUUUAAAAUGAAAAUAAGGUUCAAUAUAUUCAUAUGAAGGAAUUUAUAAAUAUCACUGUGUAAACGAUUUUGUAUGAAUACUCGCAACGAUUUUGUACUUACGUAUGAGUCAUUGAUUAUGAAAAUGGUCUAAUUCAUUCGAGAUAUUACAAGACAUUUUAUCGCACGCUAUUCUAAAAAUAAUAAAAUUACAUUAAAGAAUAAUUUUUCAAGAAUAAAUAUAUUUACUUUUUCUAAUUGUCAUUAUAGAUAAAUUAUUUUGAAAUAAUUCCAACUUAAUUGUCAAAAUAUCUCAAAACCAUAAAUAUAUGAUUUAGAUCAUUUUAUUCAUAAUCAUUGACUCAUAUAUUGUAUAGUUAAAUAUAUAGUCUCUGUUCUCUUAACGCUUUCACAGUACUUCUGUUUUUCUAUAGUAAUAAUUGUUAAUGAUAUACUAAUUAGAAGCUGUAGUAUGCGUUGGACAGUUUUAUCACAUUGCCUACUUUAUUAAUUAUCAGGUUUAACAUCUGACAAUUUGAGAAUUAUUCUAUAAAAGAUGUGUACAGUACAAAUGCGACUAAUUUUUCAUUUCACAUUAUGCUUUAUUUCUAGCAAUGUAAGUGACUAUUUUUCCUAUAGAUGUGAAGUUACUAUAUUUGUAUUGUCACAAUGUGCAAUUUAUGUAUCUAAAUGUCUAAUUAUAGAUUUUUUUUUUCUUUUUUAUGCAUGCACUUGUUUCAACGCAAAUUUCUAUUGUCUAAAUUCAGAGAUAUCAAUUAUGAUGUAACGUUGCAACUAUCAUGACAUAACGUUAACAAAUGCUCAAAUGACUAAAUAAUAGUUUCUAAAAUAAAUCAAUAAAUAAAUAAAUAAAAUAAUGAUCUAUGUAAAUAAGAAAUACGAUUAGAAAAAAAUCUUUGCAAAGGCCUACAAUUUUGUGGUAAUAAGGUCUGCUUCUCCUUAAAUGUGAUGUAUUUAUUAUAUUAUAAGUUUAAUAAGAUAAUUAUUAUUAUAUAUAUUAUAUAUAUGUGUGUAUGUAUGUAUGUGUAUAUAUAUAUAUAUAUAUAUAUAUACACAUAUGUAUAUAUAAAAUAUAUAUAUGAUAGAAAUUUAUUGCAUAUAAUACACAUGAGACAACAUAUAUUAAAGUUAUAUACGUAUACGUGUAUAUAACCCAAAAAGAAAAAAAUUUUUGUAUAUACAUAUGUAUGUAUUCGCCUGUGUGUGUACAUGUGUAUAUAUGUAUAUAUAUAUAUAUGUAUGUAUUAUAUGUAUGUGUAUAUAUAUAUACACAUAUAUAUGUAUGUAUGUAUGAUGUAUGUAUGUAUAUGUAUAUAUAAAGGUUAUGAAUUUUAAGUUCUUAGAAUAUAUUAAGUAUUAUCAUUAAAAUUCGAAUGCAAAUCGAAUUAUUGUACAAUACUAAAAUAAAAGCACCUAUACUUAAUAUAUUUUCAGACUUAUUUCUCUAAUACCAUCAAUUUUUCGAUUGAACAAAAUUUGUAUUUAUCAAUUGAAAAAUAACAUAUAAACGAUCCAAUUGUUAUCAUUAAUAUAUUAUGCAUAAUGUCAAAAAAAGAAAAAGUAUCGUAGUGCAAAAAAAAAAAAAAAAAAAAAAAAGAAAAAAAAAGAAAAUAGAAAUUAGAAUCAGAGAAUAAAAUAAAUGUUAAAAAUGAAAUAUAGAAGAAGAUAAAGUUAAUCGUUGAAUUAAUGUAUACGUAAAAUUGGAAACAUUGAUAAUAGAAAAAUUAAUUAGACGAUUGAUUAUAAACGUAUAAUUAAUAUUAAUACAAAAAAUAUUACAAGUUGAUCUUACCUCUCUUAAUUAGAAAAUGUAACAACUGAUUAAACGAUACGAAUAAUUUCCAAAGCAGGAGCAGUUAUGUUCACACUUCGAAAUACAAUAAUAGACUGAUUGUGUACCGAUCGAGAAGAGGUAAAUCAAGGACGAGACCACCAUUCAUGUUGUUUACGAUCAUCGAAUUUCUAUUUGUUAAACAACACAAUCUCGACUGAGAAUUAUACAGAAGGUUUCUUCAAAGAUGUUGAUUCAAAGAUAAUUCCAUUAAUAACGUGUAUUAUUAAAAUCUCGAUUGAAUUUAAACGUUUUUAUAUUUCGCGCGAUUACAAUAUUUUUCUCAUAGAGCGCGCUGCGGUAUCGAUACGAAUGUUUUUCGUAAAUCGACGAUCACGUUUUUCUCUUAUAAUAUGUCGUAUUACUUGUUUAUAUUAAUUACGUUAUAAUUUACAGUAUUCACCCUAUACAAGUGUUAAACAAUGAAAUAUAUUGAGAUCGAUUCGAUAAUUUUUCUUACGACAAAAUGGCUUCCGUAUCGUUGAAAGGCACGAGAAAGACGUAUAGCUUCGAGGAACGAGAAAUUUUAAUAACUUUGAUAAACAAAUACGAGGAUAUCGAGGAUAGAAAAUCUGAUCCAAUAUCAAUGUGUAAAAGAAAAUCAGCUUGGACACAAUUAGCUGAAGAAUAUAAUUCGAUGGUCGGUCCACAAAGUGCACGUUCGGCUGUACAGCUAAGACGUUGUUGGGAAAAUAUGAAAGCUUGUAAAAGAAAUCGCGAGGAGAAAAAAACGCGAAACAAUUCGAAAAGUUUUUGUCAAUUAUCAAAGGAUUUUACACAAUCGUCGAUUUCCUCUUGGGAAAACGGAAAUGUUUAUGAGAAACAGAGACCGGAAGUACCACCGACUAGCGGAAAUGGUUGCUUACCGCCUAACGUAGUCUUUGAACCAAAAGAUUCCGAACCUUUUACUUUGCAAAGUGUAUGCGCUUCGAAACCUGUGAAUAUGAAUUUAAAAAAGGAAGCUGAUAAUACAUCCAAUGAAUCUAAUGGUAAUACAUCAAAACAUAUUUCUGGGUUACAAGAUGCAAUUGGUUGUAAACAAACAGGUUGUAUAAUUUCAUCGCAAGGAACAAUGUCAACUGAUUGUCGAGGAACGAACGAUCUAUCGAUCAUGGAUCAUAGAUCAACGGACGAAGAAGAAUCGAUGGAACCUAGUCAAUUAGCUUAUAGAUCCAAUACGACUCAAAGCUUUGUUGUUUCUUCUCCUUCACGGAUAAAUGAUCUUCAUCAUCAUCGUAAGACGAAAAGAUCUUUGCAAAAGGAAGAUGAAUUGCAACUUCUUGCACUCUCAGAGGCUCAGAUUAAGGUCGACGUAGCAGCGAUGUUAAAGGAAGAAGCUAGAAUCAAACUGGAGGAGGCUCAUUAUCGUAAAGAAGAAGCUAGGCUUAGAAUGCUUUUCUUUACUUACAAGCUUGAGAGGAUAAAGGAAGAUUGAAAAGAUAUCAAUUCAACAUCGUUCUUUCUUUCUUUUUUUCUUUCUUUCUUUCUUUCUGUCUUUUCUCUUCUUUUUUUUUUUCUUUCAUUCCUUUUUUUUUUUUUUAGUAUAUAAUAGCCAUCAGUUGAUUAUAACGUAAUAUAUAAUAUCAAUUUAUUUAAAAUAUUUAUAAAUGCUAUUGCGGUAUAAUCGUAAUAAAUAUAAUGCUUAUGUUUCUUUCGUGAAAAAAAAAAAGAAAAAAAAGGGACAACUAAUGUUUCCUUUUCAUAUUUGCAGUUUUGGAACAAUCGUAAGAGUAUUCAUAGGUAUUGAAAAAGCGACGUAUGAUGUAAUAAUAUAAUUAUGAUAGAAAUGAAAAGAGGGCAUUUGAAAUUAGAAUGGUAUUAGAACGAUACGGUAGAUAUUUAAUACAUAUACGAUUUAUCGGUUUUUAUAGAUUGAAUUUUUAUAUCGAAAAUUUGUAUGCGUAAAAGAGAAACGGAUUUCUUUUUUGAUUAACGAGGGAGAUCCAUCAAAUAUUAAUCAUAUUUUUCAUGAAUUUUGUUUUCAGCGAUUCUGUAUAAUGAACGUUCGGCAGUGAUUAUUCGGUAUUAAAACAGUUUUAAUCUUAAUUAGUAGGGUAAUUUUUAGUAAGUAAUUUCGUUAAAAAAAUAUUUGCUCUAUUUUUUCUUUUCUUUUUUUUUUAUACGUACCUAGUCAUACU